AUGGGCCCCGCUACUGCCAUCAGCGCGUCGCCCCAGAUGUCGCAACCCCAACCGCCGCCGCCGCCAGUCGCGUCCAAGAUCAAGCGUCCUAUUCCCCUCGGCAUCCAGACCAACGGCAUCCAUACAGCCUCGCCGAACUCCGCCUCCCCUCUAAUGUCCGCCAAACGCACCCCGUCUGCCGCCCGUCAGCCGUCAAAUCCCCCCGGCGCAAAUACAAUGGCCAACGGCUCCCCUGCUCGACCACCCCCUCCCAACCGCCCUCGUAAUCGGGCCCCGUCUGGCCAUGGCCCCGUUCCCGGAAGCGCUCAACGUCCUCCGGUUUCCGCUACCCUCUUCGAGACACCGUCUGUCCCCAACGUCCCAAUAUCGGACCGGGACUUCCUAAAAAAGCACGCCGGGAACCGACCUUCGAUGAUCAUACACCUUCACAAAACACACUGGCGCUUCGACCAACAAGAUACCGUGUCCAGCUACAAGUCAGCCCUUGGCCUGGCCCUCAUCCCCCACCUCAAGAGUCGCACUAUCCCUCAUGAUCUCCUUCCAUACCUCCACCAAGAGGGCGUUUCCUUUUACGACGGUUGCUUGAUCGUGGAAGUCCACAACUAUGCGACAGCCACUCCGCCCAAGGGCCCAGCACAGCCGGUUCCGGCUUCAAAUGACCACUCCAUCCACAGGUGGUCUUCCUACGUUACUCCCUCGCCGUAUGCGCCAUACCCAAAGGAAGCCCUCCAGGAGCACCAGGGCGCCCAGCCCAACGGACUCACCAAGCAGGAAGAUGCAAAGGGCAAUGACAAGGAAAAUAUUCCCGCCCAGAAUGGGCAGGCCGACGGCCAAAGUAAUCAAGAGGUGGGCAAACGCAAAGUGAUCACCGUUGUGCUACGCCCCACGCCAGAGAGUCUGGCUGUAGAUCUGGCACUGGGCAUCAGCAACCCCAUGUCCAAGAUUAUGGGGAUUCCGCCAACUCCCAGCACCGCUGCGCAGCCAGUCCAGACACCCAUGGGACCGCCCAGUAGGAAACGAAAGGUGGAUCAGAUUGAGUUGGACCCGAGCAACCUUGUGGCCGCCGAGGCCCAGAUCUUGCUAAGCACCCAACCACCUCUCGACUUGGAACCGACAAGGGACGCAGAACAGCUCAUUGCAAGGCUUGAGCAGCAAAUAGCGUCAGAUCCAGCUCAUUCGCACCCCCCACCAGAACCCAAGCGACGCAAGAAGACGGACGCCGAGCUGGCAGAAGAAGACGCCAACGCCAGGCAGAUGGAGCAGUACAUGCUUGCGUGCGACGAGCGCAGGUCGAACAGGGCUGCUGGCGCUCCGGGUGCUGGGCAUGGGUCGGACGGGACAGGUCAAGCGACCGGAUCAGGGUUCGAGCCGCGGUUUAAUCAGUUCCAACUUCUCGAAGAGAUCAAGGCCAGGGUGGAACAGGAGAAAGCUGAGAAGGAAGUGCAGGAGGCCGAGCAACGGCGGAUCCUAGCCAUGAAGCAACGGGAGCAGCAGCAGCAGCAGCUGGCAGCCGCUCAGGCAGCGAAGCAGCAACAGUUGGAGGCGGCUCAAGCGCAGGCGAAUCAGCAGCAGCAGCAGCAGCAGCAGCAGCAACAACAACAGGCCUUGCUCAUCGCUCAACAGAAGCAGUUGGAGAUCGAGCGUCUCAAGAAGGAGCGAAAUCAGAAGAGGAUGGCUAUGACUCAAACCCAACAGCAGCAACAGGCGCAGCUUCAGCAACAAGCUCAGCAGCAAGCCCAGGCUCAAGCUCAAGCCCAGGCUCAAGCUCAAGCUCAGGCCCAAGCUCAGGCCCAAGCCCAGGCUCAGGCUCAGCAGCAGGCCCAACAGCAAGCCCAACAGCAGCAGCAACAGGCCCAGCCGACUUCGAUGGGCACACCACAUACUAUGCCUGCUACUAUGCAAAAUAGUCCUAACAUGGCUAGCACCAUGCCUAAUGGAGUAGCUAGGUUCCCUCAGGUAUCACAAGGCCAGGUGUCGUCACCAAUUAUUCGGCAAAAUACACCACAGACGGCAUCGUCACCCAUGGUUAACAGCGUGGCCAUGCAAGCUUCCAACUCCAACAUGGGCGGGAGCCCGGCACGGCCUCCAUCCGUGGCUCAGAGCCAUGGUCCCAUGUCCGUCCCAAUGGCUGCCAGUAUGUCUGCUAGAGGCAGUCAACAGAGCCACGCAGCCGGAACGCCUAGGAUGCCCAGCGCUACCCCUAACAUGGUUCACGCAACGCCUAUGAGCCGUCCUUCGGUCGUCCCGACACCACGCCUGUCCCAGGCCAGCCCACCACCUGGAAUGAUGGCGAACCAGCAAGUCGGCCAGGCCAUGCUGAUGAACGGCCCAACGGGAAUGCCUCAGAUGGGCGGUAUUCCAGUUCCCCAAGGCCUGAAUCCUCAACAAGCCGCUCAAUAUAUUGCUCAACAACAACGGCUCCUGCAGCAACGGAUGGCUGCCGCUGGCCUCCAAGGACACGGCAACCCUAUGAUGGCCGGGCAGAUGACACAAGCCCAGCUACAACAGCGGAUUGCCCAGCAACAGAUGAUCGCUGCUCGUCAGCAGCAGCAGCAGCAGCAGCAGCAGCAGCAGCAGCCGCACAUGAUGGCUCCUGGAACUCGGGAUAUCGCUGCACAGUACUCUGCCCAGCUGGCUAACAUGCAACAACAGCAACAGCAGCAAUACAUCGGUCAGUUGCAAGGACAGAUGCGCGCCGGUAUGGUCGGUCAACCAGGUCAAGCGGGAAUGAUGAAUAUGGCUGGUCUAAACCCUCAACAAGUAGCCAUGGUGCAACAACAGAUGGCCUUGCGACAACAACAGCAACAGCAACAACAGCAACAAAUGGCCCAACAACUCCAACAGCAGCAAGCCGCCCAACAGGCCGCACAACAAGGCCAUCCCGGUGUCUCCACUCCCGGCCAACCCGGCAUGCCCGGCCAAGUCGGCGUCCCCCGGCCCAACCCCCCGAUGUCGCAAAUAAGCCAGCAACAACUGGCAGCCCUCUCCAUGAACCCAGCGGUGAUUCAGCAGAUUAACAAUGUGACGAGCUCGCUGUACUCUAAGAGGUUGCCUGGGUUUGCCGAGAAGUGGGGAGGUCAGCCGGCCAACAUCCCGCCAGAUCAAAUGGAAGCGUUCAAGAACCAGUGUCAGACGCAUGCGAAGAGCAUCGUGAUACAUAACUUCUUGAAGACACAACAGCAAGCGCAGGCACAGGCGCAGAUGGCAGGACAGGGUGGUGGACACGGUCAGUUGAGCCAGCAGCAGAUGCAGCAGAUGGCUCAGCAAAUGAACGGCGGCCAGAUGGGCCAGGGAAUGCAGGGACAGAUGGGUAACGGUAUGGCUGGGCAGAUGAACGGUAUGGCGGGCCAAAUGGCAGCACAACAAAUGGGUCAGCAAAUGGCUGCUGCUGGGCAAAUGAAUCCUAUGGCUAUUCAGCAGUUGCAACAGCAGAUGCAAUUGCAGAUGGCUCAACAGGCUGCUGCUCAACAGGCUGCUCAGCAACAACAGCAGCAACAGCAGCAGCAGCAGCAGCAGCAGGGUCAACAGCAGGGGAUGAUGGGCCAGGAGCAACAAGGCCAGGAGCAACAAGGCCAGCAGCAACAAGGCCAGCAGCAACAGGGUCAGCAGCAACAGGGUCCGAUGCAGCAGGGGAUGAUCAUGCCUGAGCAACAGGAUCAACAGGGGCAACAGGAGAUGGAAGAACAAAGGGAAAGACAGGAAAUGCUGAAUCGAGAGUCUAAAGGGAAAGGGCAUCGGGAAAAUAAAGCUCAGCAGCAGCAGCAGCAGGAGCAGGAUGAGCAGGCUACUCAAGCUGGGCCUCAAGCCGAAUCGCCCAGGGCAAGACGAGCAAGGCUUAAACGAGAGGCCGCGAAGCGAUGGUGGAGGAAAGACAAAGCUUUGCUGCAGCAGGAGGAGGACGAGCAGGCUGCUCAAGAUGGACCUCAUACCGAAUCACAGAGGCAAAAACGAGCAAGGCUUCAUCGAGAGUCCAGGAAGAGAAGGUAUCGGGAAAAGAAAGCUCGGCAGCAGCAGCAGGACGAGCAGGCUGCUCAAGCUGGACCUCAUGCCGAAGCUGAAGUUGAAGCUCAAGAAGAAGCUGAAGCUGAAGCUCAAGAAGAAGCUGAAGCUGAAGCUCAAGCCGAAGGCUCAAAGAGACAAGGACAGACGUGA